ACUUCGUUACAAAGAAGGCCGGAAACACGCGUUCUGUCUGUCCUUGAUCCGUUCGUCGUAGACUUUGAGCUGCCUUGCUCCCCUCUGCUCGCUCAACAUGUCCACGGCCUCCUCAUCCCACCCUCAACUUCCGGCUCAAACGCAGCCCCGUUCGAAAAAGGGUUCGUCUCGUGCGGCUUUGGGAGUGUUGCCCGCCAAUGUGGCUUUGAAGCCCACGCAUCAGGCCCCGCCUUUCAAGGUGUUUCAGGACGCUAAGAAGCCUGUGGUAAAGGUAUCCGGGUCCGUGGGUCGGCAUGUCGGCGUCCAAUGCGGUUCGGGGGGCGUGUCGAGCGCGGAAACCCAGACGGACUUGAGUUUGCUGCAGUCGGAUCCGCAAGCUCAAGCUGAAUCCCACAUGUAUUCGGUGGAUUAUAAGGCUUUGGCCGAAUCACGGCGAAAAUCUUUGGACGAGGCCUUGCAAGAAAAUGAAGAACUGAAAAACCAACGUGUGGAAUUAGUCAUGGAAAAUGAGGAUCUCAAAGCCAAGGUCGCCGAUUUAGAGGUUGACGUCAGUUCCUUGCAAGAAACCUUGAAUGAACAAUCAGAAGCUGUCAAAGACGCCCAGAAGUCUUGGCCAUAAUCGGAGUGAGAAAUA